ACAUCACGCUGAGAGAGAGGAGAAAGUUACAGUGUGUUAGUAAGAGAUUUUCGCUGAUCAGGACAAGCAUUGCAUCGGGAACGAAGAAUAAGCACUACAGGAACGUUUUCUUUGUGGCAGUGCAAGAAAAAAACAAUAACGCAAGAGUUUGGGCACGAGUUUUAUAUUAGUGAUUUGUGAGCAUCAGUUUGAGGUUAAGAUAACCAGCGAAAUGCGAAAAAUUUUACAUGACACUGUUGCUCUUCGGUCAACGACUGAUUAAGUUCAGCACUAGGGUUCGGUGAAACGGACGUGUUGUCAGCUUACGUUACGUUGUUAGUGCUAACAAAUUCAAUUAAAACAUAACGAUUCUUAAUACGCGGACUUUGAUAAGAAAAUACUAUUUCACUCGAUGAUAUCAACCAUGGCUAAAGAACACGAGCUUUUUCAAGCGAUUAAAGCUGAAGAUUUAUCGGCAUUAUCACGUAUUUUGACGAAGUACAAAACAUCAAAACAUAAAUUGCUGGGAUCUAGUAAGAAAGGGAUCAUUAAUCUCCAAGACACUGAUGGGAUGUCGGGUCUUCACCAGGCGGCGCUAAUGUGUCAAACAUUAACCAUGCAAUAUCUGCUAGAAAACGGAGCACAUGUGGAUAUCAAAGAUAACAAAGGGAUGAGGCCGCUUCACUAUUCAUCAUGGCAGGGUAAACCGGGUCCAGUAACCUUACUUCUUCAGUACGACGCUUCUGUUAACGAGCCAGACAAUCACGGGGAUACACCUCUCCAUCUCGCCUGUCAACACGGCCACGUAGACGUGGCUUGCCAGCUGCUACGUCGUAGUGCCAACCCAAGUCAGCGUAAUCUCGAACACAAAACACCUCUAGAUUUGGCCUGUGAAUUCGGGAAGCUCAAGGUUGUUGAAGUUCUACUCCAGACUGGACGGUGUCACUCGUUACUAGAGGAAAGUUCUCUCGACAUUCUGGACAAUGAUCGUACCACACCUAUUCACCUCGCUGCGAAAAAUGGACAUCUUGACGUCAUCAGGUGUGGUUUACUUUGA